AUGGCACCUCACAACUCGCAGUGGGAGGCCCAGAUCGAGGACUACCGCAGGAAUCGCCGCCUUCUCGUCGCCCGCAACAUUGACUUCAAGGCAUCUCGGGCUACAUUCGAGGCCGACGUCCGGGCCAAGCUCACCAAGCCCGGCUCCGUCAUCUUCCUCUGGCCACCCCCGUCUUCCGCUCAGUACAGCAACCCGAAUCGCCAUAGAGGUUGGGUGAUGCUUGCAUUCAACCAGCGGCCCGAUGCCAGGACAGCUGAGGUUGACCUGAAGGACUACGUGUUCCGCAACCGUCCGAUCAGAGUCGAUCGAGCAAUGAGGGUGACAUACCCAGGCUCCUCGAGGGCGCGGACAGCCGCCUCUGCCACCACCACUUCUGUCACUGCCACUCCCGCCAUAGCUCCCGCCAUCGCGGCUCCUACGACAACCGCUCCCACCACCGCUCCCACCACCGCUCCCGCAACCGCUGCCAGAAACCUCGCCGCCCAACCCACCCCGGCUUAUGGCACCGCCACCGACAACUCCUCCGACUCUCUUGAGGGGGCUCUCUUGAUGUCAUGGGAAAGUUUGCCCUCGAAGCGCCAUGACGAUCCCGAAGACGAGGACGAGAACUAUAGCAACCGAGACAUUGACGACGAAGUAUUUUGGGACGACUAA